AUGAUGGCGCUACCCGGGCUGCUCGUGGUGGAACUCGGGCUGAACGCGGCUUGUUUCAUCUGCGGAAUAGUUGCUGCCGCCUCCGUCACUAUUAUUCAGGGGCAGUUUGCCGGGCGCUGCAUGCUCUAUGGCAGUGUUGGGUACAAUGUCACCGCCCAGUCUCUGACCGUGGUGGCCUCCAGCUCCCCUUCCCUUUGCUAUUUUGUGUCAGCCAUCUCCGUGUGCGUGGCCAUCUACUGUUUCUCCCUCACCCUUUACUGGGUCUACACCUACUGCAUGGACCAGGACAUUAGGAGGGAGCAACUGUGGAUGAAUGUGACUCUGGUGGUUUGUGGGGUCUUCCUGUUCUUCCUGCUGGUGUCUGGGUGUGUUCUAAACAUUGGGAAGAACCACCUUUGUGAGUCCAUACUCCACACCAAAAUAGUAAACAGUUGCGAUGAAGCACAGAAUAAGACUUGGGUCAGUCCCUACAGUGGGACACGCUUCUAUGCCAGGCUACACAGUGCAGAGACAUCUGUGUGGGUGAACUUCUUCUUCUGGCUUGUGAUCGUGGGCGUAGUGAUCAUGCAGAGGCAUCAGGUGAUUGAUUUUGGUUCAGGGGGCACGCCUGUGGAUGGAAGCCCCUCUGAGACGGACCCCUUCCUCCAUCGUCCUGGCCAGCCCCAAUGACCCACCUAGCCCAGUGCCAUCCCCUCUCCCCUUGAAGGCAUUCUUGGAGCCACCUACAUUGAGCUGCCCAGUGGAUGAUGCAGCACUACCAGGCUUUCCUGUUUUAGCAGUUAACGAGCCAGGCUCCACCUGCAUGGUGUUUAAUUGCAGCUGAUUUAACCUGCUCUAGAACAGGUUUCUGGAAGAUUCACCAUGAAAAAGGUCACUGCAAGUGCUUUGCCUCUUUUGAGUUUACCUGCAAAAAUUGUUUUAGUAACAUAAACUUGGCAACUUGGCUACUGAACCAUGUGAUCACAUAUAUUCCUGUAAGCAGUUUAAAAAAUUUAACUCCAUAAACCAGCAGAUUGCGCAUUGUGUAGCAUAUACCAAAAGAGGCAAACAGUAUAAUUAGAAAAGCUUUUGUGUUUUGAAUGUGCCUAGAUUCAGUAGAAGUCUAGUCAACUGAAUCGCAUCUUCAGUAAUCAGCAUUUGGUAUUUCUUUUAAACUAGACAAACGUACCAAACACAUGCAGCAGGCAUACAAUGUAUGCCUCAAACGUGUAGGCAGCACACUAAAAAGAACAGAGGAUGUGUCUUUUUUUAAAGCCCAAUACACGUCAUACACACACUCAGCAUUUUGGACACAGUGGUGGGGUUGUUGG